AUGGGUAAAGAGAAGACUCAUAUCAAUUGCGUUGUCAUCGGACACGUGGACAGCGGGAAGUCGACGACGACCGGACAUCUGAUCUACAAGUGCGGGGGUAUUGACAAGAGAACCAUUGAGAAGUUCGAGAAGGAGGCCCAGGAGAUGGGAAAGGGAUCCUUUAAGUACGCGUGGGUUUUGGACAAACUGAAGGCCGAGAGAGAGCGCGGAAUCACUAUUGAUAUCACUCUCUGGAAGUUCGAGACUCCCCGGUAUUACGUGACAGUGAUCGACGCCCCGGGUCAUCGAGAUUUCAUCAAAAACAUGAUCACCGGUACCUCACAGGCGGACGUGGCUGUGCUCAUAGUGGCCGCCGGGACGGGAGAGUUCGAGGCCGGCAUCUCUAAGAACGGACAGACCCGAGAACACGCCCUCUUGGCCUUCACUCUCGGUGUGAAGCAACUGAUAGUCGGCGUCAAUAAGAUGGACACAACGGAACCGCCGUUCAGUCAGAGCCGCUUCGAGGAGAUCCAGAAGGAGGUGUCGGCGUAUGUCAAGAAGAUUGGCUACAAUCCGACGACCGUUCCCUUUGUGCCCAUCUCGGGAUGGAAUGGGGACAACAUGUUGGAGGCGUCUGCUAACAUGCCGUGGUUUAAGGGGUGGAACAUCGAGAGGAAGGGCACCAAACUGGACGGCAAGACAUUGUUGGCUGCUUUGGACGCUAUGGAGCCUCCGUCCAGACCUGUGGACAAAGCCCUGCGACUCCCCCUUCAGGACGUCUACAAAAUCGGAGGUAUCGGAACCGUACCCGUGGGUCGUGUGGAGACCGGGGUGAUUAAGCCCGGAAUGGUCGUGACCUUUGCCCCCGUCAUGUUGACCACUGAGGUCAAGUCGGUUGAGAUGCAUCACGAGGCGCUCACAGAGGCGGUGCCCGGAGAUAACGUGGGCUUCAAUGUGAAGAACGUGUCGGUGAAGGAGUUGAGGAGAGGAUACGUCGCCGGAGACUCGAAGGACAACCCGCCGAAGGCCACCGAGGACUUCACGGCUCAGGUGAUAGUGUUGAACCACCCGGGACAGAUCAGCAACGGAUACACACCUGUGCUCGACUGCCACACCGCUCACAUCGCCUGCAAGUUCCGCGAAAUUAAGGAGAAGUGCGACCGACGAAGUGGCAAAAAGAUUGAGGAUAACCCGAAGUCCAUUAAGUCUGGCGACGCGGCUAUCAUUGAAUUGGUGCCCUCGAAGCCCAUGUGCGUCGAGUCGUUCACUGACUUCCCACCAUUGGGUCGGUUCGCUGUGCGAGACAUGAGGCAAACGGUGGCCGUCGGUGUCAUCAAGUCCGUGAAGGCUAAGGACGUGAGCGGCGGGAAAGUGACUAAAGCCGCAGAAAAGGCUCAGAAGAAGAAAUAACUAUAACUCAAGACUUAUUAUAAUUAGAUUUUCAAAACUUUUUCUGUCAAAAGCAUUACAUCAGCUUUUGUUAG